CGCGUAUAUACACACGUAUAUAUUUACUUUAUUGCUUCCUCCUCUCUCUCUCUCGAAGAAGCCCCAACAAAAUUAAACAGUUCGUCAGAAUUUUCCAUUUUCCACCAUUGAUCGAGAGAGAGAACAACAUUCGUAGAUUGUUACAAAAGCAACCAAAAUCCCCUCCCAGUAAAAGUUUCUUCCUUCGCAGAUCUGAAGCGAAGUCGUUGAAAUUCGAUUUCUCGAUUCAUCCGCCGGCGAAAGGGGUUGAUUGCGAGAUCGGGGGAAAAAAAUGGCGCAUAGGGUAGAUCAGGAGUACGAUUAUUUGUUUAAGAUCGUGUUGAUUGGUGAUUCCGGUGUUGGGAAAUCGAACAUUUUGUCGAGAUUCACCAGGAAUGAGUUUUGCUUGGAGUCCAAAUCCACCAUCGGUGUCGAAUUCGCCACCAGAACUACUCAGGUAGAAGGAAAGACGAUCAAGGCUCAGAUCUGGGACACUGCAGGUCAGGAGAGGUACAGGGCCAUCACCAGCGCUUACUACAGAGGCGCAGUGGGUGCACUUCUUGUCUACGACAUCACCAAGAGGCAGACCUUUGACAAUGUCCUGAGGUGGCUGCGCGAGUUAAGAGACCACGCGGAUUCCAACAUUGUGAUCAUGAUGGCUGGGAACAAAUCCGACCUGAACCACUUGAGAUCCGUUGCUGAGGAAGAUGGGCAGAGCUUGGCUGAGAAGGAAGGUCUCUCUUUCCUGGAGACAUCUGCUCUUGAAGCAACAAACGUUGAGAAAGCGUUUCAGACCAUCUUAGGUGAGAUCUACCAUAUCAUUAGCAAAAAGGCACUGGCUGCACAAGAAGCAGCCGCCGCUAAUUCCGCGAUUCCGGGACAGGGAACUACGAUCAACGUUGAUGACACAUCUGGAGGCGCGAAGCGAGCGUGUUGCUCUUCUUAAACUAAAGGUAAACUGGGUUUUUCGCGUGUUCACUAUUCAAAGAUUCAAACUUCUGUUUUCAAUGGCUUCUCUUCUUUUCAAGUUUUGGCUGAUGAAACGUAACUAUGCAUAUGCAAGACUAUGUAGAAUACUUAUGUCCAUUUACUCUGUUUCUUUGCUCUUUGGUUUGGGUUUGUGUUCAGUUAAAGCUUGUGUGAGAUUCUUUUAGUCAGUAAAGCUUGUUAGUAAGUAAGUCUACUGGUGCUUUGUUCUCUUCUCUUCAUUUCUGGUUUAUAAGUAUCCUCGCACCGGUUUAGGUCGGUUUGUCUUGUCUUGUUUUAAUCGAAUCAUUGGUUCUCGCCUUCUUGGCUCGGUUAAAUGGAAUCAUUUGUUCAUUUCUAAUUAAUGUGGUAUCC